CCAAUCUGAGUAGACUCCUGUGGGCAUGAUGGCAGGGUGUAAAAAUAGUAACAAACCCUAUUUAUAAGACACAGAAACACUCAGGAGGGAAGCAGCAGCCAUUAUCAGAAGAUCUGACUGAUAACUUUCUUAUCCAGCUUUAAUUUGUCUUGUAUUUGUUUUGACCGCUCACUGGAGGAGAUGCAUUGCCUGAGCAGGAAGCCCAGGUCAUAUCUGCUGAACUCCUACAGUGAUUUCCAGGAGACUGAUGAGAUUGCCAGAGAAUCGUAUGAGGCCACCUGGUUAGACCUACUGAUGGAGACGAGACCAGAAUAUAAGAUGACACUUGUUGAGAAGGACUCAGUAAGAAAAGAGAGCUACGAAAGUAAGCAGGUGGUUCAUUUCAAAGUGCGACGAUUUCCAAACCAGAUGAUUCGCAUGGGGAGAGAGGGCGAGCCAAUGUUGGAAUAUCGUUUACCUUACAGAAACAUUCUCCCAAUACCAAUAUUUGUGCCCAGAGACGCCACACAGCCGGACGUGACCCGCGAGCCCUCGCCUUCUAGAAUAAAAUCCGCCAUGGACACUGAGACUAGUUUAAAUGGAGUUUGCCUUCAAAAGAGAGAGGUCUCCUCCAUUACCGAACAUAAACCAAUGGUAAUCCAACCCAGGAGUCCAGACUUCAGAGCGUCCAGCCUCAUCUCUCCACCACGAGACGCGCUCCGCUUCCAGCGACGAGAGUGAUGAGCUGAUGAAAGCUUUCUGCCAUCAUGGACAUGGAUACAAUGACAAGUAUGGUGGGUGACCUCAAUCACACUCAAACUCCAAAGCCUUCAAACCCCAUAUGCUCACUAUUCUUAUUUACUCGAGAAACCUUGAGGAAGGAAGAUACAAAGGCCACAAAAAGUACAUUUUAAACAUAAAAUGUAUGAGUAUUAAGGCAAUUGAAUCAUGUCUGUUUUAUCAUUUGAAUCUUUUUAUUGUGAAAUGAUUUGCCUUAGGUGUUUAUUUAUUUAUAAUAACACUUGUGUGAUAUGUAAUGCAAUAUAUUUCUUAAGCAUCUAAAAGUUAAAGGGAUAGUUCACCCUAAAUUAUCCCAUGAUUUACUCACCCUCAAGGCAUCCU